CUAUCAUUAAACGUAAAAGGAGAGAAAAAACAAUGAAGACCAGUGGAGUCCUGACAGAGGCGAGGCAAAACUAAAGCAUGAAGUUAAAUGAACGAAGUGUGGCAUACUAUGCCACCUGUGAUUCUCCGACUGAUAAGACUGGAUACUUGCACAAGAAAGGAGAACGAAACACUGCUUACCACAGGCGCUGGUUUGUUUUGAAGGGUAAUCUGUUUUUUUACUUUGAAGAAAAGGACAGUAAAGACCCAAUUGGUGUGAUCAUACUUGAGGGAUGUACUGUGGAAUUGUGCGAAUCUUCAGAGGAUUAUGCCUUUGCAAUCAAGUUUGACAGUGCUAAAUCGCGAACAUAUAAAAUGGCUGCUGAGAGCCAGAGAGAAAUGGAAUCUUGGGUUAAAGCUUUAUCUCGUGCAAGCUUUGACUAUAUGAGAAUUGUUGUGAAGGAACUGGAGAAACAAUUGGAAGAGAUGCAACAAAAUAGAUCCAGCAGCCGUAAAAGCCAAAGAAAAUCACUACUGCGAAAGCAAGGAAACAAUCCUCACAGUUCACCACUAAUCUCUCAUAAUUUUGCUGUAUCUUAUAGGACUCCUGUUAAGGAGAAUGGCUAUGUCCCCUGGAAUACCAUCCAAGAUCAAAUUACUGAUAGUGAAUUGAAUGGUAAAGCACACACUGUUAAUGACAAUAAUGAUAUCUCAAAAUGUUUCUUAGACCAUGCACCUGAAAGACCACUACAUACACAACGUUUGCCACCACCUCUUCCCCCUAGGAGGAGAUCAGCAACAGGAGGUGUAACAUCUGCAAUUGGUGGUCUGAUGCUUGCCCAAGAUGAUAAUACACCAGCAGGAGUAUUCAGCUUUACUAGAUUACAUGAAUGGUUUGGUAGGGAUAUAAUACAGCUGCGAAGACAAUGGCAGGAGAACAAGUUUGGAAGUAAUGAUCGAUCACAACCGGAUCAAAUGGUUUUGAAUUAACAAUGUAUCACACCUUGUCCAGUUCUUUUGAAAGGACAAUAUUAUGCUUGAGUUUUAAAAUUAAUUCUGUUUCUUUACCUCCACAUUCUAAUCCAAAAGAUGCUUCAUGGAAAAUAUACAUAAACUUUUUAAAAUUUGUAUUAAAAUCUGGCUGGAACCAGCAAGUGAAGCACUUAUUAUGAAAUUGAACGUUGGGAGUGUUAUAUAUCAUUUGCUUUUUCUUCAUUUUAGCUUUACUAUCCCUGACAGAGAAAUGAAUAUACAACUUAAGGAAAGCCCCGAUUUUUUUUUUUCUCUUUUAAUGGCCUAAUGAGUAAAAACACCAAUUUGGUGCAGAACUAAUGUCUGAAUAUAAAGGUUUGGCAUCCAGUAAUUUCUCACCUCAGCCGGAACUUUUAUUAAUUUACCAUAGUAGUUGGCCAUUGCCACCUGGUGGGGAGAUGACUUGAUGCCCCACCCUUUCUGAGAAUGGGCUGUUAGCAAGCUGUCUGUAGGUUUCUUAAACAAAUAGCAGCCAUGUGGUGGUACUGGUACCUAUUGAACUGAAUCACAGCAUGUGACAGGUAUAACCUUUCUUUAAUAAUUAGGUUCCUUUUCUGAAAUAGAUCUUGCAACCCUUCACUCCAGCAUUACUCAACAAUUUUCCAGCACUGCCAUCUAUUAAUGCUUCUGGUUAAUCAUUUGAAUUUGAAUAACAGACAUUUUACAAGGAUGUGCAUUAUGAAACACUAAUUUGAAUAACUACUACAUAUUAGCAUUAUGAAAAUACAGUGACUACAAAUGUUAAUUAAUGUAUAGUACAUGUAUUUCCAUCUUGUUUAAAGGGAACAGAUACAGUACCUCAAGUGCCUAUGUCAAACACUAGAAUAAUUGAAGGCAUGAGUAGAAGAGUACAUAUUUAUUGUUUGGAAUCCAUUUGAUUGUUUGUUUCUUUUAAAGAAUACUGUAAUUACUAAUGUGUCAAGAGUUCCUAGGGGCUUGAAUCAGGCACCUGAAGAACCACUACAUACAUAUUUUCAACCACCUCUGCUCCCUAGCACAAGUAUAAUAUAUAAUACUGAGCCAUACAGAAGACAUAGACCCCAUGUUUGGUCCCUUGGUCUAGUCAGAGUCAGUUGAUCACAGAUGAGGUAUGGGGCAGGAGCCAAAAUUUGCUCUAGUUUCCUGGGGCAAAAGGAGAAAAAAGUUUGGUUUUUUUUCUGAUCACUGUCGAGUGAUAAUUACGAGAAAGUGCACAUGUGGAUAUUAAAUAAGGACAGCUGAAGAGAUAGCAUGAGAGAAUAUCUUACUGACACUUGAUGUAUUACCCUCGCAGAUGAGUUUUUAUAUGACCAAAGCUACAUGCAGCACAGGGUUGGAAAACUGGUGAUAGGGAAUUAACUGUCUUUUAAACACAGCCCAAUUAUUCUUUCAAAUGCAGUUACCCCAGCUUUCUCAAAAUGACUUUAGCUUUUUUUCUGUCCCAGAAGAUUGUAUGAUGGCAGGAGGAGUUGGUGGUUCUCGUAGGAUACACCAUUUCUAAGGUAGGAUGAUGACUAACUAGAUCCUUUCCCAUCAUUCUUACACCUCCGUGAGCCUUCAAAAGAUGAGGGAAGAAUUAUUUUAAUAAAUAGCAAAUUUUAUGGAAUCUUUAAAAAAAAAGAAAUGUCGAUCUCUUGUAAGUUAUUGGUUAUAUAAUGCUGCUGUGCAGGUGGAAUCUUUGUGAAAGUGACUCUGGCUUUAUUUUAAAGAAAUCAUAUACGAAGGUUCUGAUGUUUUAUUCAUACAUGAAUAGAGCAUUAUUAAUUCUGAAUUCAGACAUUUUCCAAUAAUUAGUUCACUGAAUUCUAAUGUUGCACAGCUGGUAAAAUUUCCAUUUAGCAUUAUAUAGGUAAAAUUAGCAAAUGUCAUUUAUGGAUAUCACCACAAACUGCAGCAGCAUUGAUUCAUUAGUGGUGCAGUUUUAGUGAUCUAUCUUUUGAACAACAAGGCCAUGUCUGAGAUUGACUGCACAUCAUCCAAAAACACAAAUGUUGCAGAAUUUAAAAAAAGCAUUUAAUCUGCACUUCUAUCUUCUGUGUUUGUCAUGACCACUUUUGUACUCAAAUAAUCAACUGCCAAUCACUCCCCAGGGUCCUACUAUAGAAUGAUCAUUUGAAAUGUUAUUGCCAGUUACGGAACUUUACUUCAAUGUAAGAUUCCUCACUAUUUACCUCGUCUGAAAAAAUAUCUGUUGGAGUGCAUAAGAAGAGAAAUGGAAUAUUUAGUGAAAUAAAAAUACAGGAAAAUUAUUAACAUUUUAAUGAAUGCUUAGAUGUUUACUAAAUGUUUCAAAUUGGAGUUUGGCUAUCAGGUGAUACAAUGUUCUAGUACUAGCUAUUUGCUGUUGCUAUCCUCUCUUCACCCUCACCAACGAGCACUCCUGAACACAAGUGUCAAACUAUGAAUAGCUAGUUUUUGCAACUGUAGUGAAAGAAUCAGUCUUACAUAGUAAAAAAGGAAUGAAUCAACUUUGUUGGUGUUUGUUGCUUUUGAUAGAUUUUACCUAAGCUUUGAAGCACAUUUAAUAUGGCUUUGUAUAUCAACUUACAGUCAUUUGGUUGGCAAUGCUAAAUAUGAUUAUAAUUGAAUAGCCACUAUAAGCAAACAAAAAAGAUUGUUGUUUCUUAAUAUUGGAUGUCACUUGAUGAAUACAGUCAAUACUGUUGUACACAGACAUUGCAAAGUAUAGUAAAAGAAUUCCUAUCACGUGCAUAAAACAAGUGUUCGUUAUCCUGAGGCUAGAAUAUAAAUGUUGUCUACAGUUUUAGAGGUAUAAGAGUGCCUCUCCCUCAGCUUCACUCAGUAUUUGUAAUAUUUUUAGUAUACUGUUAAAUCCUUGAUUUUUAAAUAAAUGCAAACAUUUUAAGAGCAACUUUAUGGAUUACCACAUUUUGCCAUGACUGAGAUGUAGCUUUGCCUAGAAUAUUUCAAAAGUUGCACUUUAGAAAAAAAUCAUUUAUUUGUAUUAUCCGCUCAUUAACUCACCAAGCAAAAGUCUGGUAAAUGUUCAGAAUAAACAAAUCACUGGUGAGGACUAUUUUUAUGUGAAGUGUAGAAUUACAAAAAGGUGUGCUUGAAGCAUAAAUUAUGUGACAAUAAUGGGUGGGUUUUCUAAAUAUCAAUAUACCACAUCCUUGUAUGGCAGAAAUAUUAGUUACAUUUUUCUUAUAAGCUUCUACAUAUAUACAAGGGUUGCUGUUUGCCUUGUAGUUUAUUUUAGGGCAGCAGGCUUCAAAAUCCCAAUACUUUAUUCUCUAAAGCAAGGAAGUAAUCUGGUCAGUAUCUAAAAUAAACCAAAUCUGUCCCAGGGGACACAUACAGGAAUCACUUUCCAUAGCAGUACGGUGAUAAAUUUCUAAGAAGUGUUGUAAUGACUAUUGCAGCACCAUUAUUUGAUGGAAAGGGAGUGGACACAAUGCAAGAGAACAGGGAAAAGCUGAGAACAGUUGGAAAAUUCUGGUUAUUUUUAACUGACAAAAGUUGCACUUGAAGCAUAGGUACAUGAUAUAAUCAAUGGAGAUCAUUUUAAAAUCAAUGUUCAGGCAUGCUUCUAAGAUAUGCUUAUGCUAUAAAACACGCUUAUGUUAAAUUCUGGAAGGCUAAUUAAAUUUGUCUUUUUUUGUAGACAUUAAAAUUGUAGAAUCGAAUUUAUUCCUUUCAGUUGUGGAAGUUCACUAAUCUUUUAAAUUUAGAGCUUCCACUUGUAUGAGUCUGCAACCAGACGUUUUUGCCUCAUUGAAAGACCUUUGCCUAGACAUUAUGCAAUGAGAUACUAAUGUACAAAUGAUCACUAAAUAAAAGCCAAAAGAACUGCGGAUGCUGUAAAUCAGGAACAAAAACAAAGUUGCAGGAAAAGCUCAGCAGAUCUGGCAGCAUCUGUGAAGGAAAAAACAGAGUUAACGUUUUGGGUCCGGUGACCCUCAGAACAAAUGACCGCUGUUUGACUAGAAUUAUUCUUUAACAGAGGCUUUAUCCCAUUUACUUUAAAUCCUCCACUAAGAUAGUACUUUGAAAUUUCAGUCAAAGAUAUUAAGAUUUAAGAAUUCUACAUUAUAAUUUCAAAGUCCUUGGCUUUAGGUUGCAAAUUAACUCCAACACAGCGUAUAGGUCACGUUGGUGUGAAAACUGCAUUUGUUUUUAGUCCUAGCAGCAAACAAUCACUCUCUCGUAUUUCUGUUAUCCCAAUUUGUAAGUCUCAAAACCAACUGCAACUUCAUCAGUUUACACCCAGUUUUUUUUUCUUUAAUUAUAGUUAGUUUAUAAUAAACCCGAGUCGCACUUAAUAUACUUGCAUGAUUAAAUAGUUAGCUUGUGACCUGAAGUUGGAGAGACAUUCUGUAAAAGUUUAUAAAUCAAUUUAUUUCUACAGAUUUGUGUAGCAGAUUUCCUUUGAUCACACCAGUUUCAUUUUGUAUCAUUAAACCUAUUGAUAAUCAGUAGUACUUCAGUAAUGUUGAUAUUUAGUAGAAAAAAAACACACAUGGCCUAAUGUUUUCCUGUGCAGACUUAUAUUAUGGUAUAUAAAAUGGAUGUGGUGCCCAUUCCUAAUCACUGGAAAUAUAUGUCUAAUAACAUUGGUGCAGAUAGAGUUCGAGUUGGAUAAUGACGCUUUUAGUUGUCAAUGAGCACACUAAUGCCAGCUGUCCAAAUUUAUAGUAAAUUUAUUGAUGGCUCUUGCUGCUAGAAAUAAUACCUCAGACUAGAUUUGGCACCUUCAGGAGGUGAGAAAAAUGGCAGGAAAGGAAAUUGAAAAUAAAAUAAAAUAAUUUAGAAAGCAUAUCUUCAGUAUGUUCCUGACAUGAUCCUGAACAUAUAGUCAAACAACUGCCUUAAAUUGGUGCCAUUGUGCAUUUGUCAUAUCUUUGUCUCAAUUUUAAAAGAUAUUCUUGGACAGGAAAAAUGUAAUACAUUUCUUACUUCCUUGAGUGGCAAAUGAAUUGAUGGAUCAUUAAUGAUUACACUGUAUUGACAUCAGUAUUACAAUCAUUCUUCCAUCAUAAAUAUGAUAAUUAAUAAAAAUAACUUCAAUAUUUGUUUUUUUUUAAUGUGUUUAUUCCUGGUAUUUUACUAACAAUUUUUUUGUUCUUUUGCAAUCUGCAAACACUGCAGUGUAAGCAAUGAUUUCUAAUGAUUUUUAAAUUUUUCAUACAGUAACAAGACAAUUUUUGGUCAUUUUGUUAAUCCUAUUUAUCAAUUUAGAACUUUGGAAAUGUGCCACAAAUUUUUCGUAAUGCUAUGCUUGUCUUGGUUUCUUUAUUAAUGAGUUAUUAAGACUUAAAGCUCUACCUUUUAAGAAAUGAAAUUAUUGAAACAUGGCCUGAAGUGUGGAAUAAAACCUACAAAUUAAACAUUGCAUAUCAAGUAAUUAUUUCUUCAUAUUUGGUGGUUAUUAAGAUUUUUUCAUCUGAUAUAUCCAUUUUACGUGGCACAGUUCAAUUUCCAAACCUGUAAACUAUUCUGGACCAAUUCUUCAACAUCUUCAAAGUCACCAUGUGUUAACAAAUGGUUCGCAGAAUAUGUAUACCUCGAAUAAAAUGAAGUAUGUGUUUAAUGCAAUGUUGUCAGCAGAAAUCCCUGCUAGCCACAGUCGCUUUCAUGACACAAUUAACAAUUUGUAUUAAUAUUAGCAGAGAAUGCCUUACUUAUACUUCCACAAAGCGGGAACUUCAUGUAUACAUUACUUAACAAAUUUAACAUCAUUCAGAAACCAAAGAAGUAAAAUACAACAAUAAAAUCUUGCUCGCACUGAGCUUUUCACCUUAAAAUAGUUCAAAAAAUAGAUGAACUGAAUAAAGCAUACUGUGUACAAAUUUGAGUAUUCAUUCCACAUGCCCAACCUUGUUCAAUAAGGUCUUAUUUGCUAAAUGGAAGUGCAAUUGCAAACCUGGCUUGCAGCUAACGUAUUGGACAACAUUGAAUUAGAAUACAAUGUAAGAUUUAAAUCUGCAUUUUUCCUCAAUGAUAAUGUGUAUUUUCCUCAAUGAUAAUGUGUACCUUGUUUUGAAAGUAAAUUUUUCAAAAUUCAAAAAUUCUUUUGUAUAUAUAUAUAUGUAUACAGAAAAUGUAAUAACAUACAUUAUUAAAACCACAAAAAAGCAACACUACAAUUAUCUUGAAAUAAAGCCAUAUAGAUAUUUGCGCAAGAUAUUGCUUAUGUACAAAAACUCACACCAUAUGACAAGGGUGAAAACUGUUCAGUUCUUAAUGCGUAGGUUUAAUUAUACUUAAAAUUAUAUAGAUUUCUACUAUGUAAAUAUUUUUGGGAAUGUGAACUGGUACAGUCAGUGUCUAGGAUAGCAUAAUACUUUUAUAUUUAGGGGUCAAAUUCUUGAAUGUAAUGCUGUCUAUGAUUAUAUUCCUUUUUGCAGUGAAGCUGUUGUGGUCAUCUUAUUUUUUAGCUUUUUUUGACUGAAGAAAGCCACUGAUAAGCACAUGCUUUGAUUUUGGAGUGGGAGAAGUUUGCAGGAAAUGAAUAGAAAAUUAAUGUGGAAUCAUAGGUAUUAUAGUCCUCAUAUAUUUCAAUUACUUUUUAGCUUUGAACUUUUUUAGUUGCCCAAAGUCAUCCACUAAACACCAUAGCUUCUUGUUUAAUGACCUUGUGUAAAGAUUGAUCCUGUUUGAUAUAAAAUAAACUACGUAAAUAUAUGCCAAAUAAAUGUUAUAUUGUAAGAUUGUUUGUUGAAGUAAUAUUCCUUAUUUUUACUGGGGGAAUACUUUAAUUGGGUUUCAUUUAAUGCAUUACGCCAUUUUUUAACUUUUUUACAUAAAGGUGAAAAUUGUGUCUUUGGAGUAAUAAGAUUUUGUUCAACUUUAAUUCUGAUUUUUUUUUGUAAUUACGUUUCAACUUGCAUGGAAUAUCUUGAUCCUAAUGUAUUUGGUUACCAGCAUGAUUGCAUGAAUGAUCAAACUGUUUUUAGAUCCAUAAUAUAUGGAAGUGUUUACCA